AUGACUGCGGAUUGCCACGGGCAGCGUUUGCGCCUGCAGGACGGGUUAUUACAGAGCGCUCCCGUGCUUAGGGCUAGCUUUGUAGACCCAGAAGCAUCAUGCGGCUCCUUGCCUGUAGAGGAGUGCUGGCCCUGGGGUCCACGCUCGGCCCCGCCACCCGGGCCUGGGCCCGCCUGGGGGACACGGCAGCUCCCGGUGUGGGGCUGCAAGACACGGCACGAUCCCCCCACCAAUUCAAAGGCAUUGCAGCUGAAGGUGCUGCCGCGCAUCAACCCCGAGGAGCUGCUGCUGGUGGCCACUGAGCGGUACCGGCAGCACCGGCUGGGCCGCGGCACCCUGCGGGCCGAGUUCUGGGCCGAGGUGCCGCAGAGGAAGUGGAAGGCACAGCUGUCCUGGGAGGACUUGGUGCAGCUGGCGGAGGAGCACCAGCACCUGAUGGCCUGGAACGAGGCAGAGAACACCCUGCAGUGGGCACACAGGAGGAAAGAAGAGGAAGAACAGAAGAGGAAGAAGUUACAAGCUGCAGAGAACAAGGCCAAAAUAAUGGAGGCUUUCCUGAAAGAGAAGGAGGUUCUCCAGCUGCAGGAGGAAGCCGAAACGUUUGUCACCCCCGAGAACCUGGACGCACGGAUCAAGGAGUGCCUGGACAAUCCUCGCAACUACAAGUUUGCUAUCGACAAGAUGGUGUUGUCUUAG